AUGAACGAGUCAUGGAAUCCGAAUGCGAUGCCCUUCCGCCCGGGCGGCUUUGACCGUCGCGAGCAGAGCUUUGGCGCCUUCGAGAACCAGCUUCCACCACCACCCCCUCCUCAGUUCCAGGGACCACCACCAGGACCAUACGGGCCGCCGAAUGGCUUCUUCAACCAGAACUUUGCGCCGCCUCCGCCGCCGCCCCAGCAGCCCCCGCACAUGUUCAGCAACCAGCACCAUGACUUCGCAAUUCACCAGCAAGCCAUGGCAUACCACCACUGGAUGGUGCAGAACGGCCACCCGCAUCACCCACCGCCGCCGCCUCCUUUCCCGCUAGGUCCAGAGGCCUUUGCGGGGCGCCCACCUCCACACAUGCCGCCUCAUGGCCAGCCGCCGUUUGGUGGGCCGCCAUUUGGCCAGCAACCAUACGGACAUCAGGCGCAUCACGGUGGGCCCCCGCCUAUGCCUCACCAGCAAAACCAGAUGUACCCGAACCGCCCGCCCUACCAUAUGAUGCAACAGCAGGCCAAUUUCCCGCAUGGAGCGAGGAACGAGGACAUACAGUAUGCUUUCGAUGCCUUGUUGAAGGGUCUAAAGUCAAAGAGCCGCACCGCUAAUACUCAGAACAGGGCACCAACUCCUCCAGGCAAGAAGUCAAAGUCUGGGCUUACUGCCAACGGGCAAGCUAAGCAGAAAGAGUAUGGUACCCUCCACCGCAUUGCUUCGUUUGAAGCCAAGUGCUCUCGAAUUAACAAACCUCACAGUACUCCCAAAGCACCCAAGGCACCCAAAGCGGCCGGCGAAAAGAAGGGACGCUAUGGUGAUGAAAAGAUCAUGCUCCCUGCGCCGCAGCCUACGCAAGAGUAUCUGGACCAGGCCGCUGCGGAGCCUACCACCAACGAGACACCGGGCCAAAUGCUGGUAAUUUUGGAUCUCAACGGCACGGUGCUCUUCCGCCCCAAUAAAAACGCCAAGACUAUGAUCGAGCGCCCAUACCUGAAGCCUUUCCUGCGCUACCUCUUUGAGAACUUCAAGGUCAUGGUGUGGUCGAGCGCGAGGCCAGACAACGUCAAGUCUCUAGUCAGCCAAGCAUUGGACAACGAUCUACGGUCGAAGCUCGUUGCUCAAUGGGCCCGCGACAGUUUUGGACUCUCGCCGACAAACUAUCAGCAGAACGUACAGGUAUACAAGAACCUGAAGCUUGUGUGGAGUCGAAGUCAGAUCCAGUCUUUCCAUCCAGAUUAUGAGGCCGGCAGUCGCUUCGGCCAGCACAACACAGUGCUGAUUGACGACUCUUCGCUCAAGGCGAGUGCGCAGCCGCACAACCUCCUUGAGAUUCCCGAGUUCUGCGCUACGCCAGAGCAAAUGCAAGGGGACGUGCUCCGAGAGGUAGCAGGUUACCUGGAGGCAUUGAGGAGGCAAGCGGAUGUAUCGCAAUUCAUCAAGAAGGUUCCGUUCACUGCCGGCGGAGGGUGGACGUUCGACUGGCCUGACGCCGAUGCUGGCGGUGGCGAGAUGACCAGCAAGGUGUCUGCGGGUAAUGCUCCUACUACGAGUAAGAAGAAGAACAAGAAGAAGCAGGCCAAUGCCGCUGCAGCUGCAGCAAGUAGAACUAACACUCCUUUGUCACAGACAAUUGAUACCCUCGCAGCCGUGUCGCUAGCCGCACCUGCGCAACAGCAACAGCAACAGCAGCAGCAGCAGCAGCAGCAGCAACAACAAGCGCAGAUACAACAACACCAGCAAAUGCAGCCUCAGCAGCAGCAUGCGUAA